UCUCUGUUUCUUGGUCCUUGUCACCCUCUCUGAUCUGCUCAGUCUUUACCUGUCCUCUGUCAAUAUCCAUUUCUGUUUCUUUCGGUCUGGUCUCUUGUCUCUCCUGCUGUUUCUACCUAUGUCUCUGACAAUGUCUGGGAAAUCUAUCUUUUUGCCUUUUUUCCUAUGGCCCCCUGCACUUCCUUGAAUCAGUGACCACCUCCUCUUGUGCUGGGGGUUGUGGGGGCAGCAGGGCCCAACACUCAUAAUUCCCACCCCCACAGGCGGCCCUUUCCUCGGGGCCCCGCCUGGUGCCAGCCCCCCCACCAGCGGGGGGACUGCGCCUGGAAGCUGUAAUGGAGGCCCUGCAGAGGCAGCAGGCAGCCCGACUGGCCCAAGGGGUGGGGCCAUUGGCCCCUCAACGCCCAUUGCCACCACCACUACCUCCCUUGCCUGGCCCUCGGACCCUGCAGGCCCCUGAAGGGGCCUUGGGGGAGGUUGGGACUGAAGAAGAGGAGGAUGCGGAAGAGGAUGAGGAAGGGGAGGAAGCCGGGGCAGAGGAGGAGGCAGCCGAGGAGAGCCGUCCAGGGACCCGGGGCCCCAGCUCACCUUCAAGUCAACCCCCUGGACCUCAUCCCCAUGAAUGGACCUACGAGGAACAGUUCAAGCAGCUGUACGAGCUUGAUGCAGACCCCAAGAGGAAGGAAUUUCUGGAUGACCUGUUUAGCUUCAUGCAGAAGAGGGGGACGCCAGUGAACCGCGUGCCCAUCAUGGCGAAGCAGGUGCUGGACCUGUACGCGCUGUUUCGCCUGGUGACAGCCAAAGGCGGCCUGGUGGAAGUCAUCAACCGCAAGGUGUGGCGGGAGGUCACGCGUGGCCUCAGCCUGCCCACCACCAUCACGUCGGCAGCCUUCACUCUACGCACCCAGUACAUGAAGUACCUGUACCCGUACGAGUGCGAGACGCGGGCGCUCAGCUCCCCAGGGGAGCUCCAGGCAGCCAUCGACAGCAACCGGCGCGAGGGCCGUCGUCAGGCUUACACCUCCGCCCCGCUCUACGGCUUAGCUGGGCCUACACCUCGGGGUACUCCCGGCCAAGUCUCCGUUCCUGGCCCCGCCCCGCCCACGCCCAGCCCACGCCCUGCCCAGGGCUCCGCCUCCGGCCUGCCUGCUCACGCCUGCGCGCAGCUGAGCCCGAGCCCCAUUAAGAAAGAGGAAAGCGGAAUUCCAACCCCUCGACUGGCACUGCCUGUGGGCCUGGCUUUGGGACCUGCAAGGGAGAAGUUGGCACCAGAGGAGCCCCCCGAGAAGAGGGCUGUGCUGAUGGGGCACAUGGACCCACCUCGACCUGGAGCUCCCCCUAGUUUCCUGCCCCGUGGCAAGGUUCCCCUGAGGGAAGAGCGGCUGGAUGGGCCUCUCAAUCUGGCAGGCAGUGGUAUCAGCAGUAUCAACAUGGCCCUAGAGAUCAACGGGGUGGUCUACACUGGUGUCCUCUUUGCUCGCCGCCAGCCUGUGCCAGCUUCCCAGGGCCCAACCAACCCUGUACCCCCACUCCCUACAGGGCCACCUUCCAGCACUUCACCCUGAGAACUCCCACUCAGAUUUAAGAGUCCCAGCCCCAAUGCUGAGUGGGGCCCCCCUCACCUUGAUUCUUCUAGGGCACCCAGUCUAGGACCCAGCCCUGGGAGAUGACAUCCCCACCCCCACCCAUCCAUGCCCGGUGGACUUGAAGCCAAAGAGUUUUCUUUUGAUGUUACAUCUACCUCAUUGUAAAGGGAGAGCACCUCCUCCCUGGCCAACUCCAGCAGCAUCUACCAAAGAGUUCUGCCCUCCCUAACCCCCAUCAUUUCCUCAUGUGCCUCCCUGUGUCAGUGUCAUCUCUAGGACCCCACCUCUUCAAAUCAGACCUGCUUCUCCUCAGAAGCCAGGUGAAGGGUUAGGUUGGGGUGUUGUGAAGGAGAUAUCCCUCAGGUCACAUCUGAAUAAUAAAGCUGCAGUCCCUCCCUCUCCAGUGCCUCUUCUUGUUUGGGUCUGGGGGUUGGGAGGAAUUAUGUGGUAUACACAGGUGUUUUUGGGCCAGGGGUUCUCAAGAGGGGAAGACAGAAUA